AUGGGUUUCGAGAAACAGAAACGGAAUCGCAACUCCUUCCUAAUUGAGAGAGAGGACAUCGUCGAGUGGAGGUGGCGGUAUUUGAGGGCAAUCGGAAAGCAGAGAGCCCAGAACUGCAAGAUCUACUUCCAGUACGGGACUUGGGUGAACGCCGGCCUCACAGUUGACAAGGUGUGGACUGACAGCUCCAUAAAGUCAGCAAGGCAAGCCUUCAUGUCUGGAUUGACGACCGGGCUAAAGGUUCCUUCUGGGAAAGGUGAAAGAGUGAUUGUCACCCACGCAGGUAGUGACACUGGCUUCGUGUCCGGCUGCCUGGACGUGUUCCGUGGGACGAAAAAGGGGGACUACCACGAUGAAAUGGACUCGAAAAGGUUUGAAGCAUGGUUUCUUCAUCUGCUGGACUUCAUCGAGUCUAACAUCGUAAUUGUUAUAGACAGCGCGCCAUACCACAACAGAAAGGCUGAAGCUGUUCCCACAACUGUAACAACGAAGGGCGAGAUCCAGCAGUGGCUCUCUUCCAAGAACCUAGACUGGACAGCCACAAUUAAGAAAAAAGACUUUCUGAGCAUCUUGGCAAUGGUGAAGGAUCACUACAUAAAGUACAAAGUUGACGGCAUGGCUACGGACGCCGGACACACAGUGUUGAGGCUCCCACCGUACCAUUGCGAACUAAAUCCCAUAGAGUUGGUAUGGGCACGAGUCAAGCAGGAGGUCGCCUCCAAGAACAUCACAUUCAAGCCCAAUGACGCCGAGCGGCUCUUGAGGGUAGCAGUGGACAACUCGAACCUCGAGCCAGUCAUCAUACCCCUCGAUGCAAGCGACAUGGAGGAGGAGAGUGGAGACGACGACGAAGCUGACGACGAGGAUAAGGGUGGAGAGAUCUUCGGUGUUCAGCCUUUAGAAUAG